AUGUUCCAUCUUCCAUUUUGAUCCAUGGUAUCAUGACCGAACUGAAAACUACUGCAUCAGAAGAAAACACGUUAUCUGCUAAAGGAUAUAAAUUAACCAAAUUUGUUGGCGAAGGAGCUUAUGCUAAGGUGUACCUCACUGAAUUCACGGGAAGAGAUGACAGUAAAGUUACACUCGCUUGCAAAAUUAUCGAAACAUCAAAAGCUCCAAAAGAUUUUGUGAUAAAAUUUUUACCACGCGAAAUAGACGUCCUCAUCCGACUCAACCACCCCCACUUGAUCCACGUGCACAGUAUAUUUCAGAGAAAAACGAAGUAUUACAUUUUUAUGCGAUACGGCGAAAGCGGCGAUCUUUUGGGAUACAUCCUAAAAAACGGUUGCGUUUCCGAAAACCAAUCGAGAGUCUGGCUACGUCAGUUAGCACUGGGCUUGCAAUAUCUUCACGAACUUGAAAUUACACAUCGAGAUAUUAAAUGCGAGAACGUUUUGAUAACCGCAAACUUUAACGUGAAGUUAUCGGACUUUGGAUUCUCGAGGUUUUGCGUGGACGACGACGAUCAGCCGGUCUUGAGCGAAACAUACUGCGGCUCCAUGUCUUACGCCGCUCCAGAGAUACUUCGAGGCAAGCCGUAUCUGCCCAAACCGACGGAUCUGUGGUCCGUAGGCGUAGUGCUGUUUGUGAUGUUGAAUAAGUCUAUGCCGUUCGAUGACACGCGAAUGCGGAAGCUUUACCAGCAGCAAAUGGAAAAGAAAUACAGAUUCAGAUCCAAAGUAGCGAGUGUUAUCUCUUUAGAGUGUAAAUCGCUGGUCAAACAUUUACUAGAACCUGACCCGGGCUUGAGACACUCGGCUGCACAAGUUCUCGGCUCGGAUUGGAUUGCUAUGGACAGCCGCCUCACAACAUUAAACGCAGUAGAAGCGGCGGCGCUUCAAAAAGCUAGAGAAGAACGACAGAGAUUGUCUGACGUUCAUAAAAGUCCACCGAAACGACAGGGCGACAUUUUAGAGCGAAAUCGCAAGGACAGUAGGGUACUGAUUAUUGAAGAUGAUUUAAAGUUAACUGGCUCUGAACAAUUGACACUUGCUACUCGAGGUUAUAAAAUGAUAAAAAAAGUGAACGAAGGAUCUUACGCCAAGGUUUAUCUCGCAGAAUACAGAAAUCCCAAUAAGAACGAUAAGUUAUCACUACUGGCCUGCAAAGUCAUAGACACGAAUACGGCACCGAAAGAUUUCGUGAAGAAAUUCCUUCCGAGAGAGAUAGAUAUGUUGAUAAAGUUGAAUCAUCCGCAUUUGGUGCACACUCAUAGUAUAUUUCAGAGGAGAUACAAAUAUUUUAUAUUCAUGAGGUACAUGGAACGUGGUGAUUUACUGGAGCAUAUUUUGCAAAAAGGUGCAGUCCAAGAGGACCAGGCGAGGAUUUGGACGCGGCAAGUGGCGCUCGCCGUACAAUACAUGCACGAAUUGGAGAUCGCACACAGGGACAUCAAGUGUGAGAACGUGCUUUUGACGGCCAAUCAAAACGCUAAGCUGACGGACUUUGGUUUCGCCCGCAUGUGCGUGGAUAAAACAAUGAAAGACAUUCCCAGCGAAACUUUUUGCGGUUCUUUAUCCUAUACUGCGCCUGAGAUUUUACAAGGAGCCCCGUACUUUCCGAAGCCCACGGACAUUUGGUCCCUCGGUAUUGUGGUGUACGUUAUGUUGAACAGAGCUAUGCCGUUUGAGGACAAACACAUUAAGCAGUUGUAUCAUGCGCAGAUGAAUAAAAACUGGAAGUUUCGUUCCCGGUACAUAGACUCUUUAUCCGCGAGCUGCAAAAAACUCGUGGCGCAAAUGCUGGAGCCUAAUUCUCAACGUAGAUUGAAGAUAGAAAGUAUAAUUAACAGUGAGUGGAUCGCAAUGGAUUCUAGGUUACUAGAAUGGACUCCACAAGAAACAACAGCCUUUAAUAAGGCUCGGGAAGAGAAAAAGCAGUUGAAAAGUAAAUUGGAGAUAUCGGAACCUACCCAACACUCGUCUACAUACGAGAUACACUAGUAAGGGCGUCAUGUGGCAUAGUAGGGUCCUCGUUUCUUGCGAUGUAAAACAAUUUCUGAAAAUGUACACAAUUUCAAGAAAUAUGAAUAUUCGGCAAUAAGUCUUCAAUACCCAAUAAAUUAUUUCUACCAUCAUGUUACC